AUGAGCUUCGCCGCCAACAAGUUCGACGCCGGCGCGCCCGGCGCUUCAUCCGCCGACCCGGCACCCCCAAUGCGUCUCAACAUCGUCGUCCUCUUCAUGGGUUCGCGCGGCGACCUUCAGCCGUCGCUAGCGGUCGCCACUCUUCUCCAGCGGCGGCACGGCCACCGCGUGCGCGUUGCGAGCCACCCGCCGUACCGGGCCGCCAUCGAAGCCGCCGGCGUAGAAUUCCGCUCCAUCGGCCGGACGGACAUUAAAACCAUGAUGGAGAGGCGGCUGCUGCCGCGCGAGGAACUGAAUAAGCUCGUGCCAGUCAUCAAGGAGGAGUUUCGCGAGAUGGGAGAGAGGUGGUGGGCGGCCUGCGUCGACGGGCCCGACGAAGAGGUGGAUGGCGAUUUUGACAGCGAUGAAGUAACGUUCGUGGCGGACCUGGUUGUUUCGACGAUGCUUCCAUACAACCAGACAUCUGCGGCGGCGUUGCUAGGGGUGCCGCUGCAUCUGUUCGGAAUGAACCCGCGGAUCUACUCGAAGGAGGUGCCGCAUUCGCAAGCCGGGUGGGCAUUGAAGAAUCCGAGCCGGGCGAAGAAUGCCUUGUCGUGGUGGUUUCAAGACCUGAUAUUCCUGCAGACGAUGAAAUCCGUCAUCAACGACGUCCGAGUCAACCGCAUGGGCCUCGAGCCCAUGUCCCCGGCCUGGUGGCUGAGCCAGUACAACCGGAUGGGCGUCCCCUGCACAUACCUGUGGUCGCCGCGGCUGCUUCCUCGGCCGACGGACUGGCCGGACAAUGUUGACGUCGCGGGGUUCGUCUUCGCCGGCGUGCCGGAGGGGUACGUGCCGCCGGCGGAGCUGGUCGCGUUCCUCGAGGCCGAGGCGACGCCACCGGUGUAUGUCGGAUUCGGGAGUAUGUCCUUCGCGAACGCGCAGGGCGUAUUUGAGGGCAUUGUCGAGGCGUUGGAGAGGGUGGGUGUAAGGGCCGUGGUGGCGCGGGGGUGGGCGAACCUGGAAGGGCUGAACGGGCCCGCAGAGCACGUCUUUGUCGUCGAUGAUGCGCCGCACGCGUGGCUUUUCCCGCGGGUCAGGGCCGUGGUGUGUCACGGCGGCAGUGGUACGACGGCGAUGGCGCUGCGAAGCGGGCGGCCUACGCUCGUGGUGCCGGUCGCUGGGGACCAGCCGCUCUGGGCGUCGCGGGUGGUGUCUGUUGGGUGCGGGCCGGACGCCGGUUUCGGCAUGGCCGAGAUCACUGGGGAGAGAUUCGAGAAGGCGCUUAGGGAGUUGCUGGAGCCCCAGUACGCGGCUGCGGCGGAGAGGCUCGCGGAGGGUCUGAAGGGGGAGAGACCCGGGGAAGAGGUUUGCGUUGAGAGGAUUCUAGAGACGUUGAGUGUGUAUGAGCGGGAGGGGAGGUGUCUCGUCUACGGUGGACGGCCUGCGGUUUGGAAGACGGACGGUGGGGAGAGGUUGUCUGCUGUCGCGGCGCAUGUUCUCGUGGAUAAUGGGCGGGUGAGAAGGGGGGAACUGAGGGCGUUGAAUCUGGUCAAGUGGCCCGACUUGGUGAGCCCUGGCGACCCGGUCUCGGGCUUGUUUCUGGGGCUGGGGCAGGUUUUCGGGAGUGUAGCAGAGAAUGGCAAGAGAGGGCACAUUGGGAAGAUGGGGCUUCACAUUCUGAGAGCACCCCUGACGGUCCUCGCCUCCGUACCCUUCGGCCUGUUCAACCUGCUCGACUUCGUUCUCUACAAGCUCGCGUCUCCGUUCAAGCCGAAGCUUUACGCGAGCAACCCGCGGCUGUACACAUACGCGCAGAUGCUCUCCUUCCUCGUCUCGGCGCCGCUCGUCGAGCUCAUUUCCACCGUCACCCAGCCGCCGGUCUUGGCGCGCAGACACCGGGGGGCGGCGCGGGUGGUCCUCGAAGUCCCGUUGGGGAUCGCGAGGACUCUGCUGGUCUCAUUGAAUGUCGUUGUCGGGUUCGUGGGCAUCACGCUGCGCCAUCUGGAGAUUGCGUGUGCGAGGGCGAUGGGAGAGAGGCCGAGGGGGGAUGUUGUGGCCGAGGCGAGGGUGAGGCUGGGACGGGCAGAGGCGGAGGCUUUGCCUGUCGAGGGGGCCGAGACGGGGAGGGACUUGGUUGGGGAUAUCGUCAGGCGUUGGGAUGAGAGGAAGAGGGCUUGA